GCACCGCCUGGGCCCGACCAUGUCGUGCGUGCAUUACAAGUUCUCCUCGAAGCUCAACUAUGAUACGGUCACCUUCGACGGCCUCCAUAUCUCCCUGUGCGACCUCAAGCGCCAGAUCAUGGGUCGGGAGAAGCUGAAGGCGGCCGACUGCGACCUGCAGAUAACCAACGCGCAGACCAAAGAAGAGUACACAGAUGAUAAUGCUUUGAUUCCCAAGAACUCAUCAGUGAUCGUGAGGAGAAUCCCCAUUGGAGGAGUCAAAGCUACCAGCAAAACAUACGUUAUAAGCCGAACUGAGCCAGUGAGUGGAACAUCAAAAGCAAUUGAUGACUCUUCUGCAUCUAUUUCUCUGGCCCAGCUUACUAAGACUGCCAAUCUGGCUGAAGCCAAUGCUUCCGAGGAAGAUAAAAUUAAAGCUAUGAUGACACAGUCUGGCCAUGAAUAUGAUCCAGUCAAUUACAUGAAGAAACCCUUGGGCCCACCUCCACCAUCAUACACUUGCUUCCGCUGUGGGAAACCUGGCCACUAUAUAAAGAACUGCCCAACAAAUGGGGACAAAAAUUUUGAGUCUGUUCCUAGAAUUAAAAAGAGCACAGGGAUUCCCAGGAGCUUCAUGAUGGAGGUUAAAGAUCCAAACACCAAGGGUGCUAUGCUGACCAACACCGGCAAAUACGCGAUCCCGACCAUCGACGCGGAAGCUUAUGCUAUAGGCAAGAAAGAAAAGCCUCCCUUUUUACCAGAGGAGCCAUCAUCCUCUUCAGAAGAAGAUGAUCCUAUUCCAGAUGAGUUGCUGUGUCUCAUCUGUAAGGAUAUCAUGACAGAUGCGGUUGUUAUUCCCUGCUGUGGAAACAGCUACUGUGACGAGUGUAUUAGAACAGCACUGCUGGAAUCUGAGGAGCACACGUGUCCAACAUGUCAUCAAACAGAUGUCUCUCCAGAUGCUCUCAUUGCCAACAAGUUCCUACGCCAGGCUGUGAACAACUUCAAAAAUGAAACUGGCUACACGAAGAGGCUCCGUAAGCAGAUUCAGCAGCAACAGCAACAACAACAGCAGCAGCAGCAGCAGCAGCCACCACCUCCACCACCCCCUCCACCUCCACCACCCCUGAUGAGACAAACGAUAACGCGCAACCUGCAGCCACUGAUGCGGCCAGCCAUGUCCAGGCAGCAGGAUCCCCUCAUGAUUCCCCUGGCUUCUCUGGCCUCUCGUUCAGCUGCUUUGUCAUCCCUGGGCCCUGGUCAGGCACCUGGGCUGCCAGUAAAUCCCAAUUCCGUCCUUGUCUCUGAUCUCCCUCCAGCAGUGUCCCUCCUCCGUGGUGAAAAGCCAGAUGGACCUUUUCGUGAUCCUGAUACUGUUUUACCUCCUGCUCUGAUGUCUGCUGAGCUUUCUAAAACUUCCUCGCUGUCAAUCAGCAGUUUGUUGGAAGAGAAGGGCUAUCAGGUUCCUGUGCUACGACAGCCAGCAAUACCAAGUCUUCUGGGCCCUCAAGGACAAUCCAUACCCACAACUGGUCACCCCAUGAGAGCAGGCACCCUUCGCUCAGCAGGUGGUAGACCAGGCUGGGAGCUAAGCAGAAGUGCUGGGCACCGUGCUGCUGCUUCAUUCGCUGUCCUCCCCAGAGGCAGGGCGGAGUGCCAAACAGUGACAUGUGUUUUUGGGUUUCUUUAAAGUUCAAAUCGAGGACGCCUGCACAGUGAACGUUCCCAAAGGACUCAGGCCCCAGCACUACCAGCAUCAUCACCAGUCUUUGUGCCUGUGCCUCCACCUCCCUUGUAUCCUCCACCACCCCACGCACUUCCUCUUCCACCUGGGGUACCACCACCACAGUUUCCUCCUCAAUUUCCACCUGGCCAACCUCCGUCUGCUGGGUACUCUGUCCCCCCUCCAGGAUACCCCCCAGCUCCUGCAAACAUAUCAUCAGCUUGGGUCCCAGCAGCAGUACCAGCGGGGCACUCAAACACCAUCCCAACGACACAAGCACCUCCCCUCUCUAGGGAGGAGUUUUACAGAGAGCAGCGGAGACUGAAAGAGGAGGAAAAGAAAAAGUCCAAACUUGAUGAGUUUACAAAUGAUUUUGCUAAGGAAUUGAUGGAAUAUAAAAAGAUUCAAAAGGAGCGUAGGCGUUCGUUUUCCAGGUCCAAGUCUCCCUAUAGCGCCUCGUCCUACUCCAGGAGCUCCUACACCUACUCCAAGUCGCGCUCGGGCUCCUCGCGCUCACGCUCCUACUCACGCUCCUUCAGCCGCUCCCACUCCCGCUCCUACUCACGCUCUCCCCCGUACCCCCGGAGAGGCAAAGGCAAGAGCCGCAACUACCGCUCGCGCUCCCGCUCCCACGGCUACCACCGCUCCCGCUCCAGGUCCCCCCCCUACAGGAGGUACCACUCGCGCUCCAGGUCUCCAGCCUUCAGAGGCCAGUCUCCCACCAAGCGGACUCUGCCUCAAGGGGAAGGGGAGCGGGAGUAUUUCAACAGAUACAGGGAAGUGCCCCCCUACGAUAUGAAAGCUUAUUAUGGCAGGUCUGUUGACUUCAGAGACCCCUUUGAGAAGGAGAGAUACAGAGAGUGGGAACGGAACUACAGAGAGUGGUACGAGAAGUUCUACAAGGGUUAUGCGGUUGGUGCUCAGCCACGGCCUCCAGUAAGCAGAGAGAACUUUUCUCCAGAUAGGUUUGGUCCACCUGGGACCAGACGAGAGAACUCCCCCUAUGCUCGAGGGCGCAGGGAGGAUUAUGCUGGUGGGCAGAGCCACAGAACUCGUAACAUAGCUGGGAAUUACCCUGAAAAACCUGGGAGAGAGAGCCAUGGCAUCAAAGAUCCUACAAAAUCAAAGGAGAAGGAGGUGGAAAAUCCCCUGGGAGACAGCAAAGGAAAUAAACAUAAAAAGCACAGGAAGAGGAGAAAAGGGGAUGAGAACGAGGGGUUCCCCAGUGCUGAAUUGUUAGAAGGUGCCAGAAAGCCAAGAGAGACGGUUCCGACAGAGGAUGUGAAAACAGACUCCCUGUUCAUGCUGCCCAGCAGAGAUGAUGCCACCCCUGUGAGGGAUGAGCCUAUGGAAGCAGAUUCUAUUGCUUUCAAACCAGUGUCUGAAAAGGAGAAGAAGGAGAAGGACAAGCCAAAAGCAAAGGUUGAGAAGACAAAGCGAAAAGCUGAAGUGGCUGCUCCUCCUAAGAAGGACACUGUAGUAAAACCAGCAAAAGCUUCCCAAGACAAGGUGGAUGCUGAUCGUGAGAAAUCUCCUCGAGCAGAACCUCCUGCCAAAAAAACCAAGGAGGAGCUGCCAAAGACAGACAGUGUUAAGACAUCUUCCUCUCAAAAGGAUGAGAAGGCUCUUGGUACCCCCCGGAAAGUUCACCCAAAAGCCACAAAAGAUCACCCAGAAACCAGACCAGCCAAGGAGGAAAAGGCAAAGAAAGACCAUCCGAAAGAAACCAAGUCGGAGAAGCCCUCCAACAAGGAGGACAAGUCAAAGAAACCGGCUGAGAAAAGCAAACCUUCUGAUGCCAAACCUGAGAAAAGGAAAAGGAAGGCAGAUGAAAAGGUGGAUAAAGAGCAUGAGGCCACUUCUGCGAAGACCUCAAAACCAGAAAGCACAGAGUCGAAGACGUCGCCCAAGGGGAAGCUUGAAGCUGAUGGUGACAAAGGCGAGCGGACUCCGGAGAAGGAUAAAUCUGCUUUUCUGAACAACCCUGCAAAAAAGAUUAAACUGAACAGAGAAACUGGCAAAAAGAUUGUGAGUACAGAGAACCUGCCGCCUGGGAAAGAACCUGCUGAGAAACCCGAGCCCAGCAGCAGCAAAGUUAAACAAGAGAAAACCAAGGGGAAAGCCAGAAGAAAAGUAACUGCAGCUGAUGGAACCAGUUCAACCCUUGUGGAUUACACCAGCACCAGCUCCACUGGAGGAAGCCCUGUCAGAAAGGCUGAAGAGAAGCCAGAUACCAAACGAACUGUCAUCAAGACCAUGGAGGAGUACAACAAUGAUAUCACAGCCCCUGCUGAGGAUGUCAUCAUCAUGAUCCAGGUCCCUCAGUCCAAGUGGGAUAAAGAUGACUUUGAGUCUGAAGAGGAGGACAUUAAAACUACCCAGGUGCCCACAAGCAUAGGGAAACCUGCUAGUGUGAUCAAAAACGUGAGUGCUAAGGCACCAAACCCCAUCAAACACAGCGAAAAGGAGAUGGAGCCCCUGGAGAAGCUGCAGAAAGCUGUGAAGGAGGUGAGUUAUGAAAGCUCCCAGCACGAGGCAAAAAGCUCCAAAAGUUCUGCCUCGACUGAAAAGGGCAAAGCCAAAGACCGAGAUCAUCCUUUGCCAGACAAGGACACCUCCGAGAAGAGGAAGAGCAGUGUUCAGCCAGAAAAGGACCACUCUGAACGGGCAGCUGAGCAGGGCAAUGGGAAAAGCGUUUCUCAAUCUUCCAAAGAGAGCAGAUCAUCGGAGAAACACGACACUGGCCGGGGGGCCACCACCAAAGACUUCACGCCCAACCGUGACAAGAAGUCUGAGCAUGACAGCAGCAGAGAGCACUCCAGCUCCAAGCGCAGGGAGGAGAAGAGCGAAUCGACGAGGAGAAAAGAGUCUCCCUCUCGAACCAGGGACUCUGCAGCAGUGCAGAAGAGCAAGCCAAGGGAAGAGCGGGCAGAGCCCUCCAAGAAGGGCACUGGAGAUGCCAAGAGGAGCAGCUACAGCCCCUCACGCGAGCGCAAGCAGGCCGAGCACAAGGCAGCUCACGACUCCAAACGUGCGGCGGAGGAGCACAAACCUCCAGAGAAAAACCCGGCGAAAGAGAAGGAGAAGCAUGUCCCUGAGAAGGAGAAAGAGAAGGAGCCCGGUGAUAAUAAACCCCCUGUGAAGCAGGAGUCACCCGAUGUCAAGAGUGAGAAGGAGAAUGUUCCUGGGCAGAAUGACAAAGGUGUGGUGAAGCCCAAGCCUCAGGUCAGCAGCUCCUCACGGCUCUCCUCAGACCUCACCAGAGAGACUGACGAGGCUGCCUUUGUGCCAGACUAUAAUGAGAGUGACAGCGAGAGCAACCUGUCUGCCAAAGAGGAGGAGGCUGCAGGAAAGGCUGCGAAGGAGCCCAAAGAGAAGGUUGUGGAGAAGGCGAAGGAGGAGCCGGCGGCACCUGCUGUGGUGGAGCAGCCAGAAGCAGCCCCAAGCCAGAGCAGCCCCAGCAUCAGCCGCAGCCGCAGUCAGAGCCCGUCUGAGAGCCAGACCCGGAGCCACAGCAGCAGUGCCAGCUCCGGGGAGAGCCAGGACAGCAAGAAGAAGAAGAAGAAGAAAGAGAAGAAGAAGCACAAGAAGCACAAGAAACACAAGAAGCAUAAGAAACACCUGGGGAACGAAACAGAGUUGGAAAAGAGCCAAAAACACAAACACAAGAAGAAAAAAUCCAAGAAGAGCAAAGAUAAAGAGAAGGACGACCAAAAAGUGAAAUCUGUCCCCACGUAGAGUGACAGAUCAGUGCAAAAGUGACUUAAUUCCUAAGUCAUCUGUAUUAAAUUUUGUUUAAAAUGUAAACCAAUUGGAGCAUUGUAAAUAAUGAGAUGAAAAAGACCCUGUGCUGCACUUAAACUAUUGCUGCUUGAUUCUUUGAUUUUUACAUCAGAGCUUUAUAAAGGUGAACAUUUUGUACAGAAUUGUGACUUGUGACCGUGUAACAUGGAAGGGGUUUUGCUGGGGCCUCUUUUUAACCACCGUGGAUGAAUUGGGGUGGACUUUACUGUACUGUGAAGAUUUUCACAUUUGAGGUUGGUUGGGGUUUUUGUUUUGUUGUUUUUGGGGUGGUUUUUUGUUUUGUUCUGUUUGUUUUGUUUGUUUUUUAAAUUGCCUGGCAGAAAGCAGCUGGUCUCGGUUAGGAAAGACCAGCAGGCUGAGUUGCAGAGUCCA